UAACUUUCUUACUUACACAAGAGACUGCGACAGAAGGUCGUUUAACUUAAUACAUCACUCCAAGUUAAGCAAAUCUGUCAAAAUCAUGAAAAUCCUGCUAAAUUUGUCAAUCCUAACCCUUUUAAUACACUCAAUCUGUGGCCUUUUGGACACGAGUGGUGAGUUAUUAUCGCGACAAAAACGUUAUUUAAUCUGGAAGGAAGGUAUCAACUGGGUCCAGAUGAUUGCAGGAAUAGGACUCCCGAUUGAAUUACGAGAUCAAAGCAUCACUGUGGGAACAGUAGUAAAAGCGUUUUAUUUACUCCCCAAUAACAGCACCUACUACACCCACCCCUCUAUCGAUUAUGCGAGGAAAAAACGUUCUUCGACCCGGUGGGUGGCAUAUAAAUUAAUCGAGGGUUUUUUUGAAAGAAACGGCUACGGAGAUGGGAAAGCGUGUCUUUUGAGGAGCAUAUGCGAGGUUUCCGCCAAACCCUUUGAGAAAAAAACAGGAAUUUUGGCUGAAAUUGUUCACGCGAUUCUGACGCCGUCGACGACGAGGGAAACGCUCGACAAUCAUCUGAAUUGCGAGUAUCACGCCGCUGAAAAACUCGGGAAGGAAGUAGACAAUUGCGAGGCGUUAUUUCCAGAAUGUCCGCUAAAUUUUAUUCAGCAAUUCACCAAAAUGCUCUCAUGAAUAAGAAAAAUUAAAAAACGAAGGUUGUAACCCGAUUUGUUGGAAAUAAAAUCUAA